GGAGUUGGAUCAACAUGACAGCCAGAGCUGUGUGUCAUUUGAAACCAGAGAAAGAAGAGGAUGGUUCUAAGCAGGGUUCUCCGGGUACCCACAAGUGUAGCGUGUGUUGUAAGGAGUUUCGUCGCCCGAGUAAACUGAAGGUACACAUGCGGACUCACACUGGUGAGAAACCGUACAGUUGUGAUAGAUGCGACAAAAGCUUUGUGAGUAUAAGUCAUAGGAAUGUUCAUAUGCAAUCUCACACUGAUGAGAGACCCUACAUGUGUGAGGUGUGUAACAAGCGGUUUAAAUCCCUGAGUCAUCUGAAGUCACAUGUGAAAACACAUACCGGUGAAAAACCGCACUUGUGUAAGAAUUGCAAUAAAAGCUUUAACCAGGUUGGUCAUUUGAAAAAGCACAUGCGGACUCACACUGGUGACAUGUACAGAUGUGAGGAGUGCGACAGAAAGUUUAGUGCCCUAAGUCACCUGGAGAGACACAUGCGAACUCACACCGGUGAAAAACCGUUCAAGUGUGAGCAUUGUAAUGCAACUUUUAAUCAGUUCGGUAAUUUAAAGAGACACAUACGAACUCAUGAUCAGACCGGCGAGAAACCGUACAAGUGUGAGAAGUGUAACGGCCAGUUCAGUCAGCUGUCUAACCUGAAGGUACACAUGCGAACUCACACGGGUGAGAAACCGUACAGAUGUGAAGAGUGUAGCAGGCAGUUCAGCAGACUGUCCAAUCUAAAGGAACACAGGCUUACUCACAACCGCAUGGCUAAGGCUGGAUAUGGGUCUCCUACUGAUGUUCCCCUGGAGCUCGGUGAUGGGUCUCUCGUUGGAGUUUCAUGUGACAGAGAUGCAGGCAAUGGCGAAGACAAGCAGACAGCAAGCAAAAAUAAUUUGGAAUGUCAACAAGAAGCACAUACUGAUGAAAAACCUUAUCUAUGCGAGGAUUGUGGGUACAGGACAUCCCGGAAGCGUGACUUAUCCAGACAUAUGAGAACUCAUACAGGUGAAAAACCCUUCAAGUGUGACCAGUGUGAGUAUUCUGCUACAUGUAAGUUUACCUUGAACCGACAUCUAGCAAAGCACACUGGUGACAAACCCUACAUGUGUGGAGAAUGUGGGUACAGGGCAACUCAAAAGUGUGACUUAUCCAGACAUAUGAAAAAACAUACUGGUGAAAAACCCUACAAGUGUGACCAGUGUGAUUAUUCUGCUGCACAGAAAUCCAGCUUGGACAUCCAUCUGCUCAAGCACACCGGUGACAAACCCUACAUGUGUUGGGAAUGUGGGUACAGGGCAACUCAAAAGGGUGACUUAUCCAGACAUAUGAAAAAACAUACUGGUGAAAAACCCUACAAAUGUGACCAGUGUGAUUAUUCUGCUGCACAGAAAUCUACAUUGGACAGCCACCUUGCAACACACUCUGGUACGAAACCCUACAUCAUGUGUGGGGAGUGUGGAUACAGGACAGCUGAUAGGCGUAACCUACACAGACAUAUGAGAACCCAUACCGGUGAAAGGCCCUACAAGUGUGACCAGUGUGAUUAUUCUGCAGCACAGAAAUCCACAUUGAAUCACCACUUAUCAAAACACACAUGAAAAAAGCUUGUGAGCACAGAAUGUGGCAUGGGACAACAGGAACGUCUGGCUUGCAUAUUGUACAUUUGAGAACCGACGGAAAGGGGGCCUGUGUAAAAGUGAGGAGUAUAAGAACUCAGCAGUUCGUUUAUCAGAUGGUGUUCACCUUCUAGCUUAUCACACUUAUGAUAAACAGUAAUGUGUAACAAUAGUGCCGGUACAUGACAACUUACCUACAAUCCCCUGCGGGACAGAAAUUGUGACUUGCCAUAUUCCCAUGCAGGUAAAUGUUGUCAAAUGUGAUAAAUUCUACAGUAUUUUUAUCAGUACUUUUGCUUAAUACCUAUCAAAUAGUUGUAACAACAGAAAGCCGGAGUUCUUUCGGUAACUAUAAAAUCAUAGUCAAAAGUAGGGAUCCGUAAAACCUGGCAUAUUAGAAAUACUAUGAAUAUUAAGAAUGAGGACGUUUUAAAAGUAUGCUUAUUUAAACACUUAUUUACUAAGCUAUACAAUAUACACUAUAUAUUAGUAUAUGUUAUAGUAUAUUAAUGAUUAUUCUAAAUCUCUGUUGAAAUUUACAGAAAAAAUUACGAUGCUUGUCUCUUUAUGAUUAAUAUGAAAUGUACUCUCUACUACUAAUGAAUAAUGUAGAUUAUUGUAAUAACAGUUAUAUGUAACAUGGGAUAAGGUGUUUAGUUAAUUAGACAUGAGGUUAUUAAAAUAAUGGCUAACAUUAUACUUUUCAUAUGUGAAAGUGUUGAUUUAUAGUGUCGGCCAUAAAGUGUGAGAUCUUUCAUUAUCAAUUUCAUUUUUACGUAGAUAUGAUCAAAGUUUAGACUAAAAAUUUCCAAUAACUAGAAUGAUAUUUUCUUGUGCAUUUUGUCCAGAAACUGCAGUGAAAUGGAAAAUGUGAAGUCCGUGCAUGCGUGGUCAUUUUAGAACAAUGGUUUGUAUGUCGUUGUCUCCUUUUAUUUCUCAUUUUC